AGUUAAGCGGUGCUACGAGUAACAUACUUUGUGUUCCUGUACCAUCUUCAAGAUGAUAUACUACGAAAAGUAUAACAACGAGUAUACCGAUCGAAUUGAUUGUCCCGGAACUGAAAAGCACUAUCGUCUAGUUCGACGAUCCUUACCGAUACUUGAUGGAGAGGAACAGCCUUCAAAAGGGGCAGAUCAGUGGUGUAUCAUGAUAGAAAAGUUUUUGCCUUUGUUGAAACCGAUACAACAAAUGCCUGUGUACGCCGAUGAUGUGUGGGUCAUCACGUUUCCCAAGUGUGGUACUACCUGGACACAGGAAAUGGUUUGGUUACUGAACAACGAGCUUGAUUACGCUCGCGCAGCAAAACUAACACUCGAGGAACGUUUUCCUUUUCUGGAACUCUCAGGUGCCCUUUCCCUGAUGGACGGUGAUUCCGUCGGUAGAGUGCAAGAUUUGCCACGUCCACGACAUAUCAAAUCCCAUCUUCCGGCAAUGCUGCUUCCGGAUGCGAUGCGUACCGCCAAGCCCAGAAUUAUCUACGUUUCGCGCAAUCCUAAGGAUGCGGCCACUUCCUUCUACCAUCACUAUCGCAACAUCGUGGGAUAUGAUGGGCCAAGGGAACACUUUUUUGACGCAUUUCUCAACGAUAGCCUUAUCUAUGCACCGUUCGGAGAGCAUGUCCGCGCGUACUGGGAAUGGAGUAACCGACCCGAUGCAGAUAAUUGUCUGUUUUUAACGUACGAACAAAUGAAACGUGAUUUGCGUGGUGUGAUCGGACGAGUUAGCAAAUUCCUGGGCAAACAGUACACCGCCAGCGAAGUGGACGAGUUGGCAAAACACCUUUCGGUGGAAUCGAUGAGAAACAACAAAUCGUGCAACAUGGAGGACCUGCUGGAAUGGGCUAGGAAUACAACCUACAGUGAAGAGCGUAAAAAGCACACGAAAAACAACUUUAAGUUCAUUCGUAGCGGAACGGUUGGAUCAUACCGGGAGGAUAUGAGCGAAGAAUACGUCCAACGCUUUGAGCAGUACGAAAAAACCAUCACACAAGGAAUCGAUUUUGAUUUUUUCUUCUAACAAUUCCCACGGUUCAAGGUUAUCCAUCCCAAUUUUUUUGGUCUAAUUGAAAGCGUGUACGAGUUCCCCCCAAAAAGCAAGAUACAAUAAAUUCUUUCAUUCACCUACCUGA